CUAGUUGCUAGCAGUCUGCAGCUUCGAGUUUGAGAAAUGGUAGCGUGCUUUGUCGUUGAAUGUACAUUCUGAAUGGUAUUUUAUUCGGAGGAGGGUGGUUUAAAAAUACGAGUUUAAAGUUGAUUGUUCAGAAGCCUUAUCUUGGUCUAUGAUGAUAAUUGACUAGCUAGUAAAUUGGAAGAGGAAUAGCCGGUAGCCUCGCUCAAUCGUCUCCGUUUUUCAUGAAGCUGGCUAGCUAGUAUAGCUAGCUGGCUGCAUCGUUUUCUGGCCAUUGAAGACCGGGGAUUAGUCUAAUUGAACUAAAGCCCCGAUGCCCGAGCAAGGCCCCAGGAUGAACGGGUUCUCCCUCGGCGAGCUCUGCUGGUUGUUCUGUUGCCCGCCCUGCCCUAGUCGUAUCGCCGCCAAACUCGCCUUCCUGCCCCCUGAGCCCACGUACUCGGUGCAGACGGACGAUAGCGGGACCUGUAGCCUCCACUUGAAUGAGCGUGCAGACUGGCAGUACUCCCAGCGCGAACUGGACGCUGUGGAGGUAUUCGACACCAGAACCAGCCGCGGGAACCAGGUCGGAUGCAUGUUCGUGCGAUGUGCUCCGAACAGUCGGUACACCCUCCUCUUCUCUCACGGCAAUGCUGUGGAUCUUGGCCAGAUGUGUAGCUUUUACAUUGGCUUGGGUUCGAGGAUAAACUGCAAUGUCUUCUCUUAUGAUUAUUCGGGUUACGGCAUCAGCACUGGAAAACCGUCUGAAAAGAAUCUUUAUGCCGAUAUAGAAGCAGCCUGGCAAGUCCUGCGGACCAAGUAUGGUGUGACUCCUGAGAACGUGAUCCUGUACGGGCAGAGCAUCGGCACGGUGCCCACGGUGGACCUGGCAGCGCGCUACGAGUGUGCGGCCGUCAUCCUGCACUCCCCGCUCAUGUCCGGCCUGCGAGUGGCCUUCCCUGACACACGGAAGACCUACUGCUUCGACGUCUUCCCCAGCAUCGACAAGGUGUCCAAGGUGGCGUCUCCGGUCCUGGUGAUCCACGGCACGGAGGACGAGGUGAUCGACUUCUCCCACGGCCUGGCCCUGUACGAGCGCUGCCCGCGGGCCGUGGAGCCGCUGUGGGUGGAGGGAGCCGGGCACAACGACAUCGAGCUCUACGCCCAGUACCUGGAGCGGCUAAAACAGUUCAUCUCCUUCGAGCUGCCCAACUCCUGAUGCCCCGGCACGUGAGCCUCCCUCCCUGUGGAGGUGGAGCAGGGAGGGGAGCUCCUCUGUGGGCGCAUCCUCUCUGUGAGAGGCAGGGGGUCCCGAUUGGCUUUCUGCACUUCCUCCUCUUCAGCCCAUGGGGGGACGCAUCGGUCACCUGUCUCUCCGGGGCGGAGUUUCAAUGUGAUUACAGCUUUGUAUUCUUUUUUAUCUGAUGACAAAAAAAGAAACAAAAUGUUUUUGCACCUCAGAUAUAUAUUUUCUAAUUUGUUUUCUUUUUUUUGUUUUUGUUUUUGUUUUUUUACAUUUGCUCUUUUCUACUUUCUAUAUACAUAAAAGAAAACUACUAGGAUAUUCCACUGAUGCACUUUUCUUGUGCAAUUAUCACUACAUAAUAAUAGAUUCAUCACUUUUUUUUGUUAAAUUGCAUUCCACACCUGUCACCUGUCAGUGCAGGAAAACAAACUGAAAGAAGUUGAAAAUGGCAUCAAAUCACUGAUGUCCAAUGAUAUUGGGGGAAGCGUAUAGAUCCAAGAACUGAACCUUAUUUUUAAUAUCACAAUUAAA